AUGUUCGCAUCUUCAGCCACGCCCGCUCACUCUGAGUUCGAAGCUUGUAACUACCGCCUCUGUCCGGACUUCUGUUUCUCCGACGGAAACAUUAUACUUGUCGCUCACACCACAGCCUUCAGAGUCCACCAAGGCCACCUCUCUCGCCACUCUGAAUUCUUCAAGGGACUCUUCAACCUUCCACAGAACUUAAUCAACCCCACAAACCUCCUCUUCGGCUGCCCGUCCGUCGAGCUCUUCGACGACCCGACCGACGUAUAUUUCCUGCUCAAAGCUAUCUACGACGGCCUCCACUUCCGCAAUCCCUUCCCAAAGGACUUCCCUUUCCUCGCUGGCGUCCUCCGUCUUUCAACCAAAUACGUCCUCGAUACCUUCCGGGACAUAUGCAUCGCGCGGCUGCAGCGUGAUUACCCUCCUACACUGGUAGGCUGGGACCAACGCGAACACGCGGCGACGGAGUACCGCCCUACUACAGGAGGCAACGGCAACACCGCCAGAGGUCGUUACAUGCCUCGAGAUGUGAUCCCUAGUCCUAUCGCGGUGAUCAACCUCGCGAGGGAGCUAGGCAUCGAAUCGCUCCUCCCCGCAGCAUUCUACGAUCUAGCUCGAUACAGUCCUUCCAAGACGGCCAUUGGAAUCCCCAAACCCACAUUCCGCGACGAAUCCCCGCCCUCUCCCACCCUCAGCAGUAGCAGUACCUCCUCCGACUCCGAGGACGGCCACCGAAAGAUGCACACGAACCACAUCUUCGUCUCUAACGCAGACCUCAUCACGACUUUCCAGGGGCGCGAAACCGCCCAACGGUCCAUCGCCUCCUUCCUCGCGCGCGAACUCGCAGACCGUGUGCCCACGCCGGGCACCUGCACCGCGACGGUGCACAAACACCGGCAGCACGAGACAGCAUCGGCGGCGACGACGCGCUGCGCCGAGUCGUUCUACUUCAUCCAUCUGAACGUGCUGCGUUCGAUAGGCGGGAUCGCUGCGGGCAGGGACGCCGAUCCGCUUUUCACGCUGCGGCAGGCGAAGGAUAUGUUGCACCGGACGGAUUUCUCGGAUCUGAGUGGCAGCGGGAAGGUGCAGGGGUUGAGGAUGUGCGUGGGGUGUAAGAGGGAGUUUGGGGAGGUGGUUGAGAGGGCGAGGGAGGAGAUGUGGAAGGAGGUUCCGGGGUGGUUUGGGUUUGAGAGGGGUUGGGAGGGCCUGUGGGGCGCGUCGGGGGAGGAGAGGGAGAGGGUUGAGAGGUGGUGCAUUUGA